AUGCCCUUCACAAUCCCUUUCUCGCUACAAGCAAGUCCCCUCUUCGCCCUCUUCCCGGUCCUCUCAGGCGCCCAAACUACCGAUAUCACACAACAAGACCUGAACAACGUCACUGCGCUCCAGCUCCUCCUGUUUGUCCGAGCGGCGGUCGCGCACUUUCCCGAGGACAGCAGGGAGGCGAGCGACGCGAGGGGCCUGGCGAGCUAUCUGCGUGUCAAGGCGGGAGACGAGUAUGUGCCCCUCGACCUCCUCCAUUACGCCGCUGACGAACUGCUAUGGUAUCGCGGCAUCGCGUCGCCGACUUACGGCGAGCCCUCGGCGAUCGCACGGCAGCCGUCCCCGGCACCCACCAGCUCGCCACUGAGCAGUGCCCCGCCGUCACCUUCGCCAAUACCCUUGUCUAAGCGAAUUCUAAGCGUAUCGCCAACUCCAAAGCAGUUACCGACCUUGGACGACCUCUUCGCCGAUGACGAAGACCCGAAGAAGCACAAUGAACUGGGCCAGACUGAAGGGUGUAUAGCCGACACCGACGCGCGCGACGUCGCAAUGCAAGACCUCGCCGCACUGUACGGCCACGUCCUGGCGCUCAACUCGCAAACGCGCGACCUGCACGCCGCGCUCGCCCUACUCGACCUCGCGAACGGCGCAAGCGCGACGGGCUUCGAGGCCGUGUGGCGCCGCGCGCGGCUUGGCAAGCGCGUCGAGGAGCUCUUGCCUGCUGCGCAGACCAGCGCAAUACGGAGCACGGCGGCUAAGGCUGCUGCGAAGCGUCGGAGGGAGAAUAAGAUGCGCGAGGAGACCUUCCUCCCUACCUUAGCGAUACCCCCCACCCUCGCCUCGAGCCCCGAGUUCCCCCGCUUCCCGACCCUCGUAGAGUCGUACCACGCCCUCGGCGGCGUGCCAGUCCCGACGCCGUCGGAUACCCUCCUGCAAGUGUACCAGUUCACCCAGGCCGUUGGGGUUAGCAGGCACAGCACGGCCGAGGAGCUCAUGGCGGCCGAGGUGUUGAAGCUCGGCGUGGUGUAUGCUCAGAGCUCGCAGCCGACACACGCGCAAGAAGCCCUCGCGGCGACCGAAGCCCGUAUCGUGCAGCGCAUCUCCGACGCCAACUCGGAGCUCGACGCGCUGCGCACCGACUUGGUCGACCUGCGCGGGGACAUGCGCGUGCUCACGCUCGCCGCCGAGGAGGACCAGCGGCGCCGCAUCAACUAUGUCUUUGCGCAGCAGAACCGCAACUGGGUCUUCCAUGAGACGCCACAGGGCCCGAUCCCCGUACAGAAUGUCAGUUGCCGCUUCUGGUCGUACGAAACCCUCAUGGACCUCGAGACGCCGGCGCUGCGCGCGUGGGCCGAGUACUUGUCUGGUCUGGGCAUGCCGGCCAACGCAAGCGACGCCGAGCUUCGGCGCAUCAUUACGCACCUCUUGGGUGUGCCAGUUGUGGGUUAG